UUCUCUUGAUCCUUCACAAAUUAUUCCCCCUAAUGUUUUACCUUCACUUUCAUUAUUUCCAUCAACUAGUGGAUUUGUUGGUAGACAUUCUAUUGCCCCUUUUUCUUCUUCUUCUUCUACUAGUCAACAACAACAAGAUCAACAAAUUACUCCAACAUCUGGAGGUCCUUGGAAGCAACCGGAAAUGGCACAACGUGGAGAACCAAGUUGUUCGUUUCUAUUCUUUUUGGCGUACUUGUACAUCAUUCCACCGUAUUGUAACAAUGAUUGAAAGAGUAGGGCAACCUCCUUCAGACACACAAACUCAUGGAGGAUAUAGUCCAAUAAGUGGAGUAAAUCCAUUUGGAGAAGGCCCUUCAACAGCAACAAUAAGUUCUGUUCAAUCAGAUAAAUCAGAUUCUUCUUCUGCUGCCAAAUCUACAAGGCCGAGUUCUUCUCCUUCUCGGAGCAUUCCAGACUUUCAAAAACGCCGUUUAUUUGUUCAAUAUUUGUGGAAGAAUAUUAAAUCAUCAGAUAAAAUACGUGUACAACGUGAAUUUGAUCCGAGAAGACAAAGACUUUUAAAAUGUGUGGCUGAUUCUGCAGCUAGAAAAAGAAUGACUGGGGCUAAAUCACAGUUUAGAAGUGGAAGUGCUGGACAUUCUAUGGAAAAACAUUCGCCUCAUCAUUCAAGAUUGCAACCAACACCACCAAAUCAAUCCCCAGCACCUAGAAGUGGCUCUAUUCGUUUUAGACUUCCACCAGAAGGUCCACCAACUUCAAGUACUUCAUCAUUAGAUGCUCCAUCUAAUUCUUUUACUCGCCGAUUACCACGCCCUCGUUCUUCUGCAGCUUCUCCUUUAAGACGUGCUAAAACUGAAAAUGAUGAUAAUAAUGAAAUAAAUGAAAGUAAUUCUUCUAAAAGAAUUAAAAGUACAAGUAGUAGUAGAAGAUCAACAGAAUCAAAUAAAUCAUCCCCUAGAAGAUGAAAAUACUUU